UUUUUAUUACAUUCUUAUGGAACAACUGAAAAAUUUUAAAUCUUCACAUCUUCAUGAAAAACUACGUUUAAACGACAACGAUUUCGAUGCAUGGCUCAAGGAACUUGGACUUCUUCAUGAAAAACGGACCUGUAAUAAAUGUGGAGGUCGAACAACUAUUAAACAUAAAAAGUGCCUUCGAUUCGGAACUUGGCGCUGUAGUAUGAUGAAUUGUAGGGCAGAACGAGGCUACUUGACUGGAACUUUCUUUCAAGGAACACAUCUAACAACAAAACAAAUUUUUCAUCUUUCUUUUCUGUGGACUCGUCAAUUUGGUAAUUAUGCUGAUUUGGAAUUUGAGAUCGGAAUUGGUCGAAAUGCACUUCAGAAGUGGUUGAAUUCAUUCAAGAAUGUGUGUGCCAUGUUCUGUGCUCGAAAUCAUAUUGGAGGAAGAGGUAAUUUGCUGUUAUGGUCUAGGAGGUCGUCCAUGAAGACCUACACUACGAAAAUCUACAACUUUUGAAAGGAAUAUCUAGGGGUUUGAGAGCCUUCAAUUACACAAAUCCAUCUAUAUCCCUUCACCCUCUAUAUUUUUGGAAUUCUCUUUCAAGAGUUUUAGGUCAGUAGGUCUUCAUGGGGUGGAGGCAUAGUCUAGUGUUAACUUCUAAUUAAGAUAUUGUCGUCGAUCCUGAAUUCCUAUGGCGCGAACGUUUUGGUGAUAUUUCAAAUGUUUUCUAUAAUUUCUGGCAUCAUGUUUCACUUUUUUAUCCGUGUGAACGUUCUCAAUAAAUUUUAAUCUUUGUUGAUUUGUA